AUGGAAGCGGGUGAGAAGUCGCCAGUAUCGGAAGAUCUCUCCUAUCAGGCUGUUGGAGACCUUGGAAACAGCAGGGAAGGCACCAUCCCAAAGCCUGAACCUGACUGGGCAGAGCUGGAAACAGAAUCUAACAAUCCCAUGGAGAAAUGGUCCAACCUUCAGGCUGCACUGCUCAGAUACAAUGGUCAUGGAUGGGUGCCUGAAAAGGAAAGAAAGGAGGAAGAGGGAGAAACUCCUAACAAUGGGAAUUAUAAACAAUUGUCUGGGGACGUAAAAGUGGAAUAUCAACUUCUCCAAGUGCCUGAGCAGGAAGAGGUUUUGGAAGAUAAGAGGAAAACUGCAAGGCAGAAGAAUAGAAUUCCAUCCGGAAACAGUCUAAAUGAGCCGGUUUUCCACAUGCCAAGUGAUAAAAACACCAGCAAGAGACACUUGACGUGCAGCAAGUGUGGAGAAAGCUGCAGCAGCACCUCCAGCCUCAUUGUUCACAAGAGAAUCCACACAGAAGAGAAGCCCUACAUAUGCCUGAGCUGCGGGAAGACAUUUGGGAAGAAAUCUACGCUCGUUAUCCACGAGAGAAUCCACACCCAGGAGAAACCAUACAAAUGUCCUGUCUGUGGGAGGAGCUUCAGCCAAACCUCCAGCCUCACGGCCCACGAGAGGAUCCACACGGAAGAGAAGCCAUUUGAGUGUUCGGCAUGCGGGAAGAGCUUUAGUGUGAAAUCCAGCCUGGUCGCCCACGAGAGAAUCCACACGGGAGAGAAGCCCUACAAGUGCUCUGACUGUGGGAAAAGCUUCGGCCACGUCUCUGCUCUCAUCGCACAUGUGAGGACCCACAGAGGCGAGAAACCCUUUGCUUGCUCCGCGUGCGGGAAGUGCUUCAGCCAGAGCUCGAACCUCAUUGUGCAUGAAAGAAUCCACACCGGAGAGAAGCCGUACCAAUGCUCUGAGUGCGGGAGGAGCUUCAACUGCAGCUCGAUCCUUAUUAGGCAUCAGAGAAUCCACAACGAGGACAACCCAUACGAGUGCUCGGACUGUGGGAAAAACCUGAGCUGUAGCGCCAGCCUCAUUAGACAUCAGAGAACCCACACAGGAGAGAAGCCCUUCGAACGCUUAGACUGUGGGGGGAGUCUGAGUGUGAAAUCCGGCCUCAGUGACCGCCAGAGAAUCCACACGGGUGAGAAAACCUAUAAAUGUACAGAGUGUCCGAAGGGCGGCUGUGUGAGGCCAUGCCUCGGUGCGGAUGGGAGGAUCCAUGGAGGAGAAAAGCCAUACGACUGCGCAGAUUGCGGGAAGAGCUUCGCCAGGAAUUCAAACCUCAUUAGACACCGGAGGAUCCAUACGGGUGAGAAACCAUACAACUGCACAGACUGUGGGAAAAGCUUCCUCUUGAGCUCAGACCUUCUUGUCCAUCAGAGAACGCACACAGGAGAGAAGCCGUACCAGUGCUCAGACUGCGGCAAGCUCUUCAGCUGGAGUUCUCAGCUCCACGUGCACCGGAGAAUCCACACAGGAGAGAAGCCCUAUGGAUGCUCAGACUGCGGCAAGAGCUUCACUUGUAGUUCAGGCCUGGCUAGGCAUCGGAGGACUCACACAGGAAAGAAAGAGAAGCAAAGCCCAGAAAGCUGUGUACUUCUCAAAGGAGGAGUGGGCUUUUUUGAAUCUGGGUCAAAGGAAGUCAUGGCAGAGCACUGUGGGAAGCUGGACUCUGGAUAUGGGUCUUUCAUGGCUUGA